AUGGGUCGUGGACGCCGCGAGACGCAUCAGUCGCGCAGUCGCCAUCGUCGUUCGCGUUCGCGUUCGCGCUCGCGCUCGCGCUCGCCGUCGAAGCACCGGCCGACGCGCUCCAGCUCCAUCACGAGCCAAGCGGUGCAGGUGAAGCGCCGCAAGGAGCGCUUCAGCUCCUCGUGGGACAUUCCGCCGCUGGGCUACGAGCAUCUGACGCCAGUGCGGUACAAGGCCAUGCAGGCGAGUGGCCAGAUCGCAUCGCGCAUCGUGCCGGACGCCCCGCCCACCGGGGAGUCGGCGGCGAUUGCGACGGUGACGCGGCAGGCGCGCCGCCUCUACGUGGGCAACAUCCCGUUCAGCACCACCGACGAGGACAUGAUGGCCUUCUUCAACGAGCAGAUCAAUCGCCUGAACGGCACCAACGGCGUCGACGGCAAUGCCGUGCUCACGUGCCAAACGAAUCUGGACAAGAACUUCGCGUUCCUCGAGUUCCGCUCGAUGGACGAGGCCACCCAGGCGAUCAGCUUCGACGGCAUCCUGUACCGCGGCCAGACGCUGAAGAUUAGACGGCCGCACGACUAUCACCCGGUGGCCUCGGUCAGCUCAUCAGAGCCGGCAUCCGCCACCCAGGUCAACAGCGUGCCCAUUUCGCCGGUGGUGCCCGACUCGCCACACAAGAUCUACGUGGGCGGCUUGCCCACCUGCCUGAACGAGGAGCAGGUGAAGGAGCUGCUGGUCACCUUCGGCAAGCUGCGCGGCUUCAACCUGGUGAAGGAGGCCGUCACGGGCCAGAGCAAGGGGUUCGCCUUCUGCGAGUACGUUGAUCCGUGCAUCACCGAGCAGGCCAUAGCUGGCCUCAACGGCAUGCAGCUGGGCGAUCGCAAGCUCAUCGUGCAGCGCUCCAUAGCCGGCGUGCGCAAUCUGGUGGCCCAUCAGCUGCCCGUGCUCCAGGUGCCCGGCUUUCCAGUCGACGUCUCCACGGGCAAGGCCACCGAGGUGCUCUGCCUGCUCAACAUGGUGCUGCCCAGCGAGCUGACGGACGACGACGAGUACGAAGACAUUCGCACGGACAUCAAGCAGGAGUGCGCCAAGUACGGCAAGGUGAAGAGCCUGAAGAUUCCACGUUCCGGCGACGACUCCAACCAAGGCGGCGUCGGCAAGGUUUUCGUGCGUUUCGAGACCAUCGACGACUGCAAGAAGGCCCUCAAUGCCUUGAGUGGGCGCAAGUUCAGCGGACGCAUUGUCAUGACUUCAUUCUAUGAUCUAGAGAAAUACAAACGCAAAGAUUUUCAAUAAUAA